AUGUAAAAAAUAAAAUUAGAUGAUGAUGAUCAAGAGUUUAAUUUUAGAAGGCAAUUUGAAAUUUAAUAAAGUGUAGUUGAGCCAAAACAUCUAUCCAAAGUAUUAUGAUGGUUUUAAAUAGUUCAAAGAUAUAUUGAAUUAAGCUAUUGAUUUGAAUAAAAGGAAGAAAAAUGAAUUGUCUUCUUAUAAUCGAAAAUAAAUAACUGAGGAAAUUUCUAAUUAUACAUAACAACAAUUAGAUUUUAUACAGGAAUAGACAGAUGAAGUUUUGAUUUAUUAAUAAUACUUGAAGACAAAGUUAGAGGAAAUCUUGAAGGCAAAGUUAUUGACAGAUAGAAAAAUCAAUAACUACAAAGAUAAUAUACGUCAUAUCAAAACUUAACCUGAUCAUGUUCAAAGAGAAUUAGAUGAUAAAGUUAAAAUGAUGUUAAAGAAAACUUAACAUUUUACUAAUCAAUUUUAAAAGGAAAUGGAUAAGUUUAGGAGUUAAUCUGAGAUGAAUCAGGAAAAGUAUUCUAGAGAUAUAGAUAAUAGUGAAUUAUAGAUCAAAGAAAUCUAAUUAAAGAUUAAAAAAUGUAGAUAAAAAAAUUAAGAAUUAUUACAUUAAAUUCAUAUUUUAACAGAAUAAGAAGAAUAAAAGAAAUAUAAAUUAUAAGAGUGUUUUAAAAUUAGUGAAUAUAUAGAAUUUUUUAUGGAUGCUAAAUUAAAGGUUGUUGAUUAAAUAUAAGGAAAUCAAAAUUAAUUAUAAGAGUUAGGUUAAUCAUUAUAAUAAUAAAAUGAUAAAGUAUUAACAAGAGAUGAAAUCUUAAAUCAAGUAGAUGAGUUCUACAAAACAUAAGAUAUUGGUGAAUUGACCAAAUAAAUUAUCAGCACUUAUCAUUAUCUACUUGAACAUUAAAAUAUGCAAACAAAUGAAUACAAUUUUUAUACUGAAGAAAAAACAUUAAGAUAAUAACAAAUCUUGUAAUUAAAUCAUGAAUUAUCUCAAUUAAAGAAUAUAUGCAAUAUAUCAUCAAUAGAUGAUUAAAUUAAUUUUGGUUCAUAUAAUAACACAAUUAUUGAAGGACCAUAGAUAAUUCAUGAAAAUUAUUAAUUGAAUUAUCAUUUACAUGGUUAUCAAUUAUGUUUAAUUACUAUAUACUAGAAAUUGAUUGACAUGAUUCAAAGAUUAUGUAAUAAUGUAAUUUGGUUAUCAGAAACAACAAAAUCUAUUCCAAAAUCUUUGGAUAAUAAAUGCAUGCAAUAUCUUAAAAAUUUUACAAAGACUGAUUUUAAUUUAUAUGUUCCAUUAGCUACUUAGAGUAUACCUGUUAAUAAAUCUACAAAUUAUAAACAUAUUGGAUAGUAUGUUUGUAUUGGAAAAAGGAAUGGUAGUAUUACAAGUGAAGAAAUUCCUAGUGAAUAAAAAAUUGAAUCUAUGACAAGAUUUCCUAAUGAAUAAUUAGCUAAGUUUAAAAUGCAUAAAGAUUAUGAAUUUAUUAUCAAUUAAUGGAAUGAUCUUAUAAAGAAUGACUUCAUUACUUAAACUUUAUAAUUAGAUAUUAGUUUUGAUGAUAUUGAUGUCACAUUAAGUAAUCAUGAAAUUAUUUGUCAAUUAUAUGAUUAAUAUUCUAAACUUAUUAAAGAAGCUGAUAUUAAAAAACAUUUCGAAUUACAAUUUUCAUAUUAUAGAGAAAUUAUGAGACAUAUAUACAAAAAUAAUCAAAAUUUUAAUUAAAAAUCUUAAACAUUAAAAUAAAAGUUCAACAAUGAAGUUACUUCUCCUUUUUUAUUAUAAAUUAAAUAAUAAUAAUUAAAGAGAUUGUAAGAAUAGGUAAAUAGUACUCAUCUUGAUGAUAAUGAAUCUAAUUUUAAAAUGAACUCUAAUAAAGCAAUUAAUACUUCAGAUGAUAGAAAAUAUCAUGAAUAUUUCAUUCAUUAAAGUUCAAAAAUUAAAAAAUAAUUUCCUGCUCUACAAGAUCAUUUAGUUACUAAAGCUCUUUAAGAUAUUGAUAUUAUGAGAUAAAAGGAAUUAAAUGAGAAUUAUUAAUAAUCUGACUAGAUUUCAUCUGAUAUGGAUUAUUUUAAUUAAGAAAGAAGAAAUUUAAAAGGUAUUCUUAGUAAAAAGAAAUAAAAACCUUAAACAGCUAAUAUUUAAAAAUCUAAGACUCCUUCACAUGAAACAUCCAACACUAAAACUAAAAUUAUUAAACAAGUUGAUCUAUUACACAAAAUAUAUAAACGUAAAAAUAUAUAAAUUAAUAAUAAUUAGUUUCAUCAUCAGCUCGUAAAUUAGAUAUUAGUAAUAGCUUCAAUGCCAAUUUGAAUAAAUAUACAUAAAAUGUUAAAAGAAAAAUAUCUGAUUAUUUUACUACAAAGUUAGAUAUGGAUUUUUGUUAAAAAGAAGAAAGCAGAAUUUUAUUGAAGCCAAAUUAAUUUGAAAAAACUCUUUCUGCUUCAAAAUCAGUUGAACCCUAUCCAAUGACUCCUCAUUCUGAAUAAGGGUUUUCAUUGGAUCGAAUUGAUUCUUUCAGAUAAAUUCAAGAUUCAACUUAAUUAGGGAGUACUAAGAAAGACAAGAAUUUUUUAAUUAAAAAAAAAUGA